UCAUCAAAUGGCUAUGGCCAGCAUUGAGAGUCUGGACGGCAGCGCCUGUGAUUUUGGCGGUGUCUCGGCGGUUCCACUGGUGGGUCAUCUGCCCACGGACCCCUUAGAGUUUGUCUGCCCCGCCUGCCAGCAGCUGCAAACGAGUCUCGUGGAACGCGAAGCGGUCACUAACCUGCAGAAGAUCGCCUGCACCCUGAACUGGUUACUUUGCUGCUCUCCCAUAAAAUGGAAUGGUCGGCAUGAUAUCAAUCAUUAUUGCAGCACCUGCGGCUGUUUCAUUGGACGCCACAUCUCGUUGAGUUGGUAUAAACGCGCCCUGUUUCGAAUGCAGCGCUCCGAGGUGGAGGAUAAUGGACGCUGGCAGCGUUUCCGCAAGGUGGAGAAGGAGCAGCUGGAUGAAAAGAAGCUGGGCAAGCAGCGUGCAGCGCUCAAUCAGAACUAGAAGCGAAAUCAAUUACUUAAAGCACAAUUUGUUACACAUAUAAAAUUAAGUUUUUAACAAAUCAAAAG